AUGGCGUCACCAAGACCAGUCAUCAGUGUCCUCGGGUCACUGAACAUCGACCUCGUAUCAUAUGUCCCUCAUCAUCCCCUCCCUGGUGAGACAAUAACUUCAAGCCGGUUCAAUGUCUUCCCGGGUGGAAAGGGCGCAAACCAAGCUGUUGCUUGUGCGAAACUUUCGAGGACUUCUGAUCUGAAGAACCCAACCGUUGAUGUUACCAUGAUUGGCGCCGUUGGAGCUGAUGCUUAUGGUUCCGUACUGCUUGACAGUCUCAAGUCAUAUGAUGUUGGAACCAACUCUAUCAUUGUAAACAAGGACGGAGGCGCCGAGUCACAGAGCGGUAUUGCAAUGAUUAUUGUGGAUGAGCCAACUGGUCAGAACCGCAUCAUCUUAUCACCAGGUGCCAACAAUUCUCUUCAACCAAGCCACUUCGCCGAGAUUCCUGGUCCAGCACCGUCAUUGCUUAUCAUGCAGCUUGAGAUCCCUCUGGAGACAGUCAUUCAGGCAUUCAAAGCCGCCAAGACGACAGGAACUCCCGUUCUGCUCAACCCCGCUCCCGCUCAAGUACUCCCAGCAGAGAUCUACCAAGGUCUAGCUCACUUGAUCCUCAACGAGACCGAAGCGGCUUUAUUGUCAAAUAAGGACGAGUCCGAGUUUGAAGACAUCUCGGUUGUUGAGAAGGCCGCUGCUGAUUUCCUCGCUCGAGGCGUGCGGAACGUGGUGAUUACUCUGGGUGGAAAAGGUGCAUACUACACCAACGACACAGGCGCCAAUGGCCUCAUCCCCGCUCUGAAGGUCGAAGUUGUGGAUACGACUGCUGCUGGUGACACGUUCAUCGGUGCUUAUGCAGUUGAGCUUGCGGGCGCUGAGCAACGGUCCGAGAAAUUCGACAUUGAGAAGGCUGUCAGGUCAGGAAUCUGGGCGUCAUCCAAGACAGUCGUGCGAAGGGGAGCGCAGGUGUCUAUACCAUGGAAAGAUGAAUUGGAGUCAGCGAAGUAA